CAACACAACUUGCAAAGAAAAAAAGAACGGUCAAACAUUUGUGCUUGUUGCAAAAUUUUGUUUAAUUUAAAGAAAUAAAAACCAUCUGAAACCUUUGUUUAAUGAGUGCAUCAGUAAGUAUUACUUAAACUUCUCGUGAAGAUGAAAAUUGCAGAAAUACAUUUUAUAUUCAGGAAUUAGAAGAAAAGGAUAAAGCUAAGCGCUUCCGCCCGGAGUCAUUUGAGGUUCGUAUCUUAUUUUUUUCAUUGGCUUAUAAAUGCAUAAUUUUUUUUUAUACAGAAGCCUAUUGCACAAAAAUUUUAUUCGAAAAUAUCUGCUAAGUGCCCUUUGCUCGCAAACAUUAAUUGGAAAGUGAUGAAGAGCAAAAUGCGCUAUUUAAAAGGAAUAUAUAUGGAGGCCGUGAAAUGGCGUAGUCAAACAGGAGCUGGAUUAAUUGAAAAUGGAGAAGAAGAAAGCGUCAAGGACUACAUUCAAAAUAUUUGUCCCUUCUUCGAAAUACUGGACGAGAUUUUUGGGCUCAGAAAGGGCGUGAACCCUACGGUUAUAAUUGAGAGUAGCAAUAUAGAAAUCCUCUAUGAAGACAGCGAAGAGGUUUUUUUAUUUGAUAAUGUUGAUGAUAUUUCAAAUAGUUGCUCGAGUUCACGUAUAUCAGCCAGUACUCCUAUUCCGCCCGAUACUCCACAGCCAGACGUUCAUUUAUCACUGGAAUUAUCAUCGAGCAAUGCAAGCAGCUUCAACGGCGACUCAGAGAUUGAGAAUUAAAAAAAAAGAAUGACAUCGAAACACAGCCUAAAGAAAAAGCAAAAUCCAAAUGCAAGCUCUGCCGGCGUAUUACAAGGAAUGCUUGAAGCAAAAUUGGACAUGGAGAAGCAAAAAUUUGACUGGAUGAAAAAAACAGGAAUUGGAGAUGAAAAAGCUAGAAAUUGAACGUGAUGAACGACUUGCUUUGGCGAAAAUGAAAUUAGAAAAUGAAAGAGAAGAAAAACUCAAAAUGUACGAACUAGAGUUAAAAUAUAAAAAAGCAUAAGAACUUUUUAAUCCUCACAUAUAUUUUGUGUCUUUUAAGAUUACAUAUAUACAAAUAAAGAAGACCUUAACAGUUUAAAAUAUGAAAUCAAAUAAAAAGUUGUUAAUUUAAGGCAUUUUGGUUGCUGGCUUCCGCCGACAGCAAUAGCUUUCAACCAUAUUAUUUGCCUUUUCCAAGUCACCGUAGGGUAAGGGCAGGAUGUGAGGGUUUUGUUAGAUUUUGCAGACCUAAAAUUCAUAUACAGGUUAUUUUUCUCAAUGAUAUAGAAAGAAGAAUACUAAAUUACCU